UCGAUCAAGAUGGUCGUGGGGAAAACUGAGGGCACCGCAGGGCUUGCGGGGCUGUUGAAGGCAUAUCUAUCCUUGCAGGCUGGCAUGGCGCCUCCUAACAUGCUCUUCAAGAACGACGUGCCAGCAUCAACAGCUUUGGGGCCGAAGGUACGAAUAUACGCCAUGCCGGGUUUUUACGAAUCGUCAUCUUCACCCAAGAAAUAA